AUGGACUUCGAGUUCAAGUUAGCUGCUCAGAAACAAAAAGCAGAGCUACGGAAGCGGGCAGCUCAGCUUCGGAAAAGGCAAGGGCAGGAGCAAAAGCUACGUGAGGAGGCAGCUGCGAGGACCGAGGAGAUUCUACAGGUCAACACUCAGCGUAAAAUCAAAGCUCAUUUCGACGAGGUUCGUGACCAAGGCGCGCCCGAUGGUGGGGUCACUUUGGAGGAGUCACUACAGUGGCUAUCGAGUGAUGCCCUUGGAGGGGAUCGGGUGGAUCUUCCGCAGGAGGUAUUGGAGAAGUUGCAAGCGUUCGGUGACGACAAGGUGAAGUUUCCCCUCAUGUUUGAGAUCUACAACCCUACUAACGACACUCGACUGCACUGUGGUGUGCGGGAGUUCUCGGCACUCACAGGGCAGGUUCUGGUCGGCCCGCAGUUGGCAGGUGGUCUUGGGUUGAUGCCUGGUGAAGCGGUCCGCAUUCGGUACAAGGUCCUGCCGUUGUGCACUUCGGUAAAGCUGGUCGCUUCUGGUACCACAUUGGGUGACUACAGAGAUUUCAGAAGUGUCCUCGAAAGGUUUCUGUCGACCAAUUUUUGUACGCUCACACUUGGACAGGUUUUUGAAAUUGAUGGUGUUAAUGUGCAUGUUGCCGGGAUUGAACCCGCGCCUGCUGUGUGCGUGGUGAAUGCUGACAUCGAUCUCGACCUCACGACCAAAAUCGAGGCUGCUGAAGGCGUUGGCUCCAUUGAGCUCGAUGGUUCAUCUGUUGGUGUCACCACUGAUAGCCGAGAGACGCCUCAAUAUCGCGUUGUCUUGUCGGACGAAGCCCGCGGCCGUCUCGGUACCAAGCGUGAGCUGGUGGUCUCGGCAUCGAACGGUGAGGUGUUCGUCAGCACCUAUCCCCUCACUGAAGCCACGCCAGUGUCCUACAUGUGGUCAUCAGGAGAAUCUUCGGAACCCACCCUGUCCGUUUCCCUCGAGGACAUCGACAAGUAUUUGCGUCAAUAUGACCUUUCGGGGACUGACAAUACUAUCAGCGCGUGGCCAGAGGUUAUCUACAUCGGCGUUUCGGACCCCGAGGGUUCAUGUGAGCUGUCAGUUCGGUCGGUCGAGAUAUCGCCAGCGAAUGAGAACGAGGACUCACCAGAUGAUAACGAGGAUUCAGCGACGUGCUCAAACUGUCAUCGCCGUAUCCCAAGAGCAAGUCUUUCCCUGCACGAGUUGCGCUGUAAGCGGUUCUACGUCCAGUGCCCCGAGUGCCGACAGCCGAUUCGACGAGAGCGGUGGGACCGACAUGUACACUGCGAAGUGUGCAAGUUGCCCUUGGACAAGGAGAAACUGUCUGACCAUUGCCGUGUCUAUCACACUCCUAUUGAGUGUCCGGACUGUGGGCAGCAGAUCCUCCAGGGCCGCUUCGGGUUGCUGUCGCAUCGAAGAGACUCAUGUUCCCAGCGGCCACACUUGUGUCGAUUCUGCAAGCUGUAUGUGCCUAUAGAGGGGAGGAGCCCAGAGGAUGCCCGAGACCGGCUCAUGGGCCUUACGGUUCACGAGGCCCGUUGUGGCAAUCGAACUGAUGUGUGUCCGGAGUGUGGACGAUUGGUGCGGCUCAAGGACAUGGACUUGCACAUGAAAGCCGUUCAUGCAUCUGAAAGCCAAACACUGGAGCCCUGCCCAGUCUGUGGUCGACGAGAUUUCUCGACUCUCGCUGACCUAACUGCCCAUGUUGCUCAUUGCGUUGAAUAA